AUGUUGGAAGGUUUUGAGCCUUCCGCGAUAAGGCUGAUUAAAUCCGAACAUUUACAAAUUGCACUACUUUCAUUAUCUAUCUAUCUAUCUAUCUAUCUAUCUAUCUGCUGCGAUCAAGAUAACACUCCCACUAAUACGUCAGUGGGAUGGUCCAGCUCGAGUUUCUUCCUUUUCCAUCCUUUUCUUUUUUUUUUGUGGAGGAGGGUACAUUUUACAUAUUUCCGGAGAAGGAUAAGGCAUUACAUUUAUUUACUUCAUUAUGAAUAUCUAUCUAUCUAUCUAUCUAUCUAUCUAUCUAUCUAUCUAUCUAUCUAUCUUCGUUUAAAGAAAUUUUUCUUUCUCUUUCUUCCUCACCUUAAAAGUUCACAUCUCUCUCUCGCGCGCGCUCUGUUGCUCUCUCUGAGUUACUAUUUUCUCUUUUGUCUCUGUUUUUUUUCCUGUGCUUUUCUUUUCCUUUCCUUUUGCAAUAACAUUUCAUAUCUUUCUCUUAAACGAUUCUUUUAUAAAUUUUCACUAUUAUUUUUUUCCAUCUGUUCUUUUAUAUUCUUUUCAUUUUAUCCUUCUUUUUCUUUUUUCUUUUUUUAUUUCUUUUUUUUUUAUCAUUUAUUUUUUUUCUUUUCCUUUUUUUUUCUUUUCUUUUCUUUUAUUUUAUAUUCUUUUCAUUUUAUCUUUUCAUUUUUUUUUUUUUUUUUUUCUUUUUUUUUUUUUCUUAUCUUUUUUAUACUUCUUUAUACUUUUCUUUCUUUUAUAUUCUUUUCAUUUUUCCCUUCUUUUCUUUUCUUUUUUUUGCUUUUUCUUUUCCUUUUAUUUUUUCAUUUUUUAUAUAUUUUUUUAUACUUCAUUAUACUUUUUUUUCUUUUUAUAUUCUUUUCAUUUUAUCCUUCUUUUUUUUUUCUUUUUCUUUUCUUUUUCUUUUCGUUUCUUUUUUUCUUUUUUUCUUACCUUUUUUAUACUUCAUUACAUUUUUCAUUCUUUUAUAUAUUCUUUUCAUUUUAUCCUUUAUCCUUUUUUUUUUUUUUUUUUUUUUCUUUUUUUUUUUAUCUUUUUUUUAUACAUCUUUAUUUUUUUUCUUUCUUUUAUAUUCUUUUCAUUUUAUCCAUUUCUUUUUCUUUUCGUUUCUUUUUUAUUUCUUUCCUUUUUAAUACUUCUUUAUACUUUUCAUUCUUUUAUAUUAAUUUCAUUUUAUCCUUCUUUUCUUUUUCUUUUCCAUUGUUUAUUCAUUUCUUAACUUUUUUAUACUUUUCAUUCUUUUACAUUCUUUUUAUUUUAUUCUUCUAUUCUUUUUCUUUUCCUUUCUUUUUUUAUUUCUUAUCCUUUUUAUACUUCUUUAUACUUUUCUUUCUUUUAUAUUCUUUUCAUUUUAUCCUUCUUUUCUUUUUCUUUUUCUUUUCCUUUCUUUUUUCAUUGCUUAUCUUUUUUGUAGUUCUUUCUUUAUACUUUUCUUUCUUUUAUAUUCUUUUCAGUUUGAACUUCUUUUUUUUCAUAUACAUUUUAACAUUUUUUUCUUUUGAUUUUUCUUCCUCUUCUUUUUAUCUUUUUCCUUUUUAUCUUCAUUUUUAUCUUACAUUCUUUUAUACUUUUCUUUUAUUUUUCCUUUUUAUUUUCAAUUUUAUCUUUCUUUCUCUUCACAUUUGUUUUUCCAUGAGUUCUUUGUUUUUUUAUCUUCCUUUCUUUUUUUGA